UUUUUUAGUGAAGAAUUUUAUUUUGAAAUUCCAAGGAGUUUCCAGUAUUUGUCUUUCUAUGUUUAUGAUAAGAAUGUUUUACAAAGAGACCUUCGUAUAGGAAAGGUAGCCAUCAAAAAAGAAGAUUUAUGUAACCAUAGUGGCAAAGAAACUUGGUUUUCACUACAGCCUAUUGACUCCAAUUCAGAGGUUCAGGGUAAAGUUCACCUUGAAUUAAAACUGAAUGAACUGAUAACAGAGAAUGGAACUGUGUGCCAGCAACUCGUUGUACACAUCAAGGCCUGCCAUGGGUUACCUCUGGUAAAUGGACAAAGCUGUGAUCCGUAUGCAACAGUUUCUCUAGUGGGUCCUUCUAGGAAUGACCAGAAGAAGACAAAAGUAAAGAAGAAAACAAGCAAUCCACAGUUUAAUGAAAUCUUUUACUUUGAGGUAACCAGAUCCAGUAGUUACACCAAAAAAUCCCAGUUCCAGGUAGAAGAGGAGGAUAUUGAAAAGCUAGAAAUUAGAAUCGACUUGUGGAAUAAUGGAAAUCUAGUCCAAGAUGUUUUCCUGGGUGAGAUUAAGGUUCCUGUGAAUGUGUUGAGAAAUGACUCCUCUCAUCAAGCCUGGUACUUGCUACAGCCACGAGACAAUGGGAACAAGUCAUCUAAAACUGAUGAUCUGGGAUCUCUUCGAUUAAAUAUAUGUUAUACAGAAGAUUAUGUGCUUCCUUCAGAGUACUAUGGUCCUUUGAAAACUUUGCUGCUAAAAUCACCAGAUGUUCAGCCAAUAUCUGCCUCAGCUGCUUACAUUUUGGGUGAAAUAUGUCGAGAUAAAAAUGAUGCUGUUUUGCCCCUUGUACGACUGCUGCUUCACCAUGAUAAACUUGUUCCUUUUGUUGCUGCAGUGGCUGAAUUAGACUUGAAGGAUACUCAAGAUGCAAACACAAUUUUUAGAGGAAAUUCCCUCGCUACCCGAUGUCUGGAUGAGAUGAUGAAAAUAGUGGGAGGGCACUACCUGAAAGUAACAUUAAAAUCUAUUCUAGAUGAGAUAUGUGAAUCCUCAAAAUCUUGUGAAAUUGAUCCUAUUAAAUUGAAAGAAGGAGAUAAUGUAGAAAAUAAUAAGGAGAAUCUGCACUACUAUGUAGACAAGUUAUUCAAUACAAUUGUGAAGUCAAGUAUGAGUUGCCCCACUGUAAUGUGUGAUAUCUUUUAUUCUUUAAGGCAAAUGGCUACUCAGAGAUUUCCAAAUGACCCUCAUGUUCAGUAUUCUGCAGUGAGCAGCUUUGUAUUCCUUCGUUUCUUUGCUGUAGCCGUAGUAUCACCUCAUACUUUUCAUUUGCGACCUCAUCAUCCAGAUGCACAGACAAUUAGGACAUUAACUCUCAUCUCAAAAACCAUUCAAACUUUGGGAAGCUGGGGCAGCCUGUCCAAAAGCAAAUCAAGUUUCAAAGAAACAUUCAUGUGUGAAUUCUUCAAAAUGUUUCAAGAAGAAGGAUAUAUUAUAGCAGUUAAAAAGUUCUUGGAUGAGAUUUCAUCUACUGAAACUAAAGAGUCCAGUGGAACAAGUGAACCUGUACACCUGAAAGAAGGUGAAAUGUUUAAAAGAGCUCAAGGAAGAACUCGAAUUGGAAAAAAGAAUUUCAAAAAACGGUGGUUCUGCUUAACAAGCAGAGAGCUCACCUACCACAAACAGCCAGGCAAAGAUGCAAUAUUUACAAUUCCAGUAAAAAAUAUUCUUGCUGUGGAAAAACUAGAAGAGAGUUCUUUCAACAAGAAAAAUAUGUUCCAAGUAAUACAUACAGAAAAACCACUCUACGUCCAGGCCAAUAAUUGUGUGGAAGCUAAUGAAUGGAUAGAUGUACUCUGCAGGGUGAGCCGAUGCAAUCAGAACAGACUUAGUUCUUUUCAUCCUUCUGCAUAUCUCAAUGGACUCUGGCUCUGCUGCCAGGAGACUAGUGAACACACUCCAGGCUGCAAGCCAUGUACUGCUGGUAUCCCUGCAGACAUCCAAAUAGAUAUUGAUGAAGACAGAGAAGCAGAAAGAAUUUAUUCCCUUUUUACCCUCAGUUUGCUUAAACUGCAGAAGAUGGAAGAGGCUUGUGGAACGAUAGCUGUCUAUCAAGGGCCACAGAAAGAGCCUGAUGAUUAUUCUAACUUUGUAAUUGAGGAUUCUGUAACAACCUUUAAGACAAUUCAGCAAAUAAAAAGCAUCAUUGAGAAGCUGGAUGAACCUCAUGAAAUGUAUAGGAAGAAAAGAUCCAGCAGUGCAAAGUAUGGGAGCAAGUACUCAUUUUUUAAGAGAUUUCAAAUUAACAUGACUUCUAAGGAGCUCUCUUCUGAACAAGAAGAGAAGGUAAACAGUGAAAGAAGAUGGUGGGGAAAUCACCUGACCUCACCUGCUUCAUGUUAGAAUAAGGGUGUCACGAGGAUGCCCUCCUCCUAGUAUUGGGUUGAGAUCUAACUCAAGAACAGUCACUCGGCGCACUUUAAUAAUCUGGCCAGCACCAGAUUAUACUUUAGAUACUCUGUGGUAUCUAUCUUUAUGAUCAGUUGAAUGAUCAGUGUUUAAAUCUAGAAAUAGUGCUUUCUUGAAAAUGUUUAUAUUUCUUUGCUGUUUCCUUAUUGCCUGCUAGCCAAAUGGAAUUUGGUUUGAAUCUUAUUUUUCCUUAAUAAUUUACUUUUGUCCUAAAAACCAUAACUGUAAAUAAGCAGUCGAAGCAAGUUGCCACCUUGAAGGGGAGUAUACUUUGCUUCAUCAGUAUUAAAAAUUGUGGUACUCUUUAUCUUUUUUUUAACUCAAAACAUUUUCUAAAUGUGGUACCUUGAACCUUGGAGUAUUUACUAUGUUCCUGUUUAAAACUGUGACUUAUUAAUGUAAGUCUAGCUAGUAGUGCUUGUUUUUGUAUCCCUGAGCAUAAGCUAUCUUUCACAAUAUAUUUGCCAAUUAUAUUAUUGGUGGAUAUUUUUAAAUUGUAUUGUUAUUAGGUCAUUAUUUUUAAGACCAUUGGCACACAAUCAGUUUUUCUAUCAGCAAUCAUAACUGAGCAAUGUAUUUCUUUGUGUGACUUGUAAAGAUCAGUUGGUUAUGUUUAAGAAUCAGUACCAUUUUGCAUUCCUGGCUCAUACUAAAGCUUGGAAGAAUCCUUUAUUUUAUGAACUUACAGGCUCCACACUCUAUACUAAUUUAUAUAUGUGAAAAAGCCAUUUAAUAAACUUCUCAUGGAUUUCAUUGCUAUGAAAACUUAAAAUUCUCCAUCUGCCAGUAGAAGGACAUAUGAAUAUUGCUGUGUGUCACUCAUUACCGUUUGGUGGCUCGAUUUUGUGCUGGAUUUUGUCCUGGGGAGUUUAAUUUCUUGGGAAGUAAAGCAAAAGAAAUGUCUUCCUAAUAUCAUAUCCCAAUUAUGAUUAGUUUUAAAGAUCCUCGCAUGCUCAAAGGGAACCACAUCUGUCCCUUUAUAUAACAAUGGAUUUGAAUGAAAAAUUUAGUCAUCUGGCUAUUUUCUUCACACAUAUAUUUGAAUUAAUAAUUUGAGUG